AUGCGCUCCCCGGGUGCCGGCACGGCCUCCAUGGUCUCACUGGUGCUGCUUUGGCUGCUGGGGCUCCCGUGGACCUGGAGCGCGGCGGCGGCGUUUGGCGUGUACGUGGGCGGCGGCGGCUGGCGCUUCCUGCGCAUAGUUUGCAAGACGGCCAGGCGGGAUCUCUUCGGCCUCUCCGUGCUGAUCCGCGUGCGCCGUGAGCUGAGCCAGCACCAGCGUGCCCGUCAUACCAUCCCUAGUAUAUUCCAGGAGGUGGUGCAAAGGCAGCCCGAGCGCUUGGCACUGGUAGACGCGGGCAGCGGAGCAAGCUGGACCUUCCGGCAGCUGGAUGCUUACUCCAACUCCGUGGCCCACCUGUUCCUGCAGCUGGGCUUUGCACCAGGUGACGUGGUGGCCCUGUUCCUAGAGGGUCGGCCCGAAUUCGUGGGGCUGUGGCUGGGCCUGGCCAAGGCUGGUGUGGAGGCUGCACUGCUCAACAUCAACCUGCGACGUGAGCCCCUGGCCUUCUGCCUGGGCACCUCUGGUGCCAAGGCCUUGGUCUUUGGAGGAGAGCUGACAACUGCGGUGAUGGAGGUGACUGGGCAGUUGGGGAAGAGCCUGCUCAAAUUCUGCCUUGGUGACCUGGGGCCUGAGAGCACCCUGCCCGCCGAUACUCACCUCCUUGACCCCCUGCUACAGAAGGUUUCCACUGCCCCCCUUGAGCAGCCUCCAAGCAAGGGCAUGGAUGACCGGCUCUUCUACAUCUACACAUCAGGGACCACCGGACUGCCCAAGGCUGCCAUUGUUGUACACAGCAGGUACUACCGCAUUGCGGCCUUUGGCCACCAUGCCUACUGCAUGGAGGCCUUGGAUGUGCUGUACGACUGCCUGCCCCUGUACCACUCAGCAGGGAACAUCAUGGGCGUCGGGCAGUGUCUUAUCUACGGGCUCACUGUUGUCAUCCGCAAGAAAUUCUCAGCCAGCUGCUUCUGGGAUGACUGUGUCAAGUACAACUGCACGGUGGUCCAGUACAUUGGGGAGAUCUGUCGCUACUUGCUGAAGCAGCCAGUGCGUGAGGCUGAGAGAGGGCACCGAGUGCGCCUGGCGGUGGGUAACGGGCUGCGGCCGGCCAUUUGGGAGGAGUUCACGCAGCGAUUUGGUGUGCGUCAGAUCGGAGAGUUCUACGGGGCCACCGAGUGCAACUGCAGCAUGGCCAACCUGGAUGGCAAGGUGGGCUCCUGUGGCUUCAACAGCCGCAUCCUGCCCAACGUGUACCCCAUCCGGCUGGUGAAAGUCAAUGAGGGUACUAUGGAGCUGCUACGGGAUUCCCAGGGUCUCUGUGUCCCAUGCAAGACUGGCGAGCCCGGCCUCCUAGUGGGGCAGAUUAAUCCGCACGACCCACUGCGCCGAUUUGAUGGCUACGUGAACGAGAACGCCACCAGCAAGAAGAUCAUUCGCAGCGUCUUCCGCAAGGGGGACAGUGCCUACCUCUCAGGUGAUGUACUGGUGAUGGACGAACUCGGCUACAUGUACUUCCGGGACCGAAGCGGGGACACCUUCCGCUGGCGCGGGGAGAAUGUGUCUACCACCGAGGUGGAAGGCGUGCUGAGCCGUCUGCUAGGCCAGAGGGACGUGGCUGUGUACGGGGUGGCUGUGCCAGGAGUGGAAGGCAAAGCCGGCAUGGCCGCCAUCGCAGACCCCCAGGGCCAGCUGAGUCCCAACGCACUGUACCAGGAGCUGCAGAAGGUGCUGGCACCCUACGCCCGGCCCAUCUUCCUGCGCCUCUUGCCCCAGGUGGACACCACAGGUACAUUCAAGAUCCAGAAGACACAGCUGCAACGUGAAGGCUUCGACCCCCGGCAGACCUCGGACCGACUCUUCUUCCUGGACCUGAAACAAGGCCACUACCUGCCCCUGGAUGAGGACAUCUACAGCCGCAUCUGCUCAGGCGCCUAUUCACUCUGA